AAAAACCUGUGGUAAAAGCGUUGCCAAGCUACAUAGCAACAAAUUUUAACAGCUAGAAAGAAACACGAUAACCUCACAUUUAAAAAAGUUCAAAGAAGAAGGAACAAAAUUGCUGUGUCAUAAAAGAAUUUUUAAAGCCAGUCGUAUAGUGAUGAUAUAGUAAAACAAAAUUCAAAUGCCCUUAAAGGUCGCUUAUUAAAUACUAUUUGAUAUUUCGACGGUAAUCAAUAAGAAUGUCGACAGUAUUGCUCACAGCUCAUGACGAAAAUAUAUACAAUAUUAUUAAGAAGGAGGACGCGAAACCAUCUCCGAAAAUAAGUGCUAAGCCACCAUUCAUAACUAAACUGCUGGAGGCUGAAGGAAAACGGAACAAAUGCUGUCAUAAAACAUUUGGUUUUGCCAAAGUUCCUCUUAACACACCAUCGGAAUAUCUAAAAAAGAAUUCUCGCAUAUUGCCCCAUUGUCCAAAGAUUGAAGAACCACGUUGUCUGCUCUCACAGCGUCUUCCGAAGAUCCCCACACGCAUACAGGCUGCAAAGAAGCAGCAAGAUAAGCAAGCAGAAGAUGCUUCCCAGUGUUGCUCAUAUCCAGUAGUUAAAGAAGAAAUAAAGCCUGAAGCAAAACAGGAUUUGGAACAAACUCAAGGCAACCCUAAAAGGAAAGGGAAAGACAGGCAUAAUUACUGUCAUCAGAAUAUAGUACAGGCAGUAAGACUUGUUCCUCAUCAACCAAAACACAAUUAUGUUGACACAAAAAAGGGAGAUGCUCAUGCUUUGCAGUCUUCUGGUCUGGAACCUCAUUAUAUUCUGAGAAAGACCUUUGGAAAAAAUCCAAAUUACCUGCACCAUUGUCAGUUACGAGCAGAUGCACCAGAGAAGGAAAAAGAAACAGAAAAAAAGCAGUUCAAAGUUGACGGACGUUAUAUCACAGAGCGAGAAAGAAAGGCAUUGCUUCAGGGCCUGAAACACAACCGGGAAGAACUACAAAAAGCAUACCAACUGUUGCCUAUUCUUACAGACACAGUAACAAAGAAGAAGAAUAAAAUCAAGCUUGAGGAAGAGCUGAAACAACUUGAGAGUAGCAUAAGCACCCUUGAAUGCCACCCUUACAUUUAUGUGACAGAUGCCACCUGUAGUGAGUUUGGUUAUGAUCCAGAUUCUAAUGAAAUGUGGAGUAAACAAGUACAAAUUGCAUAAAGUCUUAAAAUUUUGAUAUGGGAUGUUACAGGUCUUGAACAUACUGAAAAGAAAUAUAUUGAAACAAAAUUUUCUGAAACAAUAAAUUACAGGUACUUAACAGGAGA